AUGUUCAAUGAAGAAGCAAGAAGGAAAGAACAAGACAUAGCAGCCGAGUCAGAAGCCCUCGUCUCAGAGUAUAGUGGAAGAAGUAGCAAUAGAAAACUCCACAGGAGAGAAAAGUCAAAGAUAAGGUCGAAAGAUGACUCGAAGGGUAGGUCCAAGACAAGAAAGGACCUAGAAUGUUACCAUUGUGGAAGGAUAGGCCACAUGAAGAAGGAGUGCAUGCUGUUUAAAUGA